AUGACUCCCUUCGACUUUCGCCAGCAAUUCCAACCUUGGAUCACCACUCCUCCAGCCUCUCGGAUCUACAGCAACGAUGACUCAUUACCGAUAAUAUCUACCGACGAACUUGGCAUGAUAGCUGAUGAUGAGCUCGAUAAUGAUGCCUCGAGGCAAACAAACGCGCCUGCAAAGCGCAAAAGACCAAAGAAAUACAUCAGGGAGGAGCAGCGCAGACGUGUCUCCAAGCACUUCACUAAUGAAGAAUCAACCGUUGCAACUCCUCCUGCAACCCCUCGCAAGCCUCUCAUUAUUUCCGGCUUGAAAGUUGACGAGCUUUCGUCGGAUUCAUCCUUGACAGACGUCCCGAGUGACAUUGGACCUGACCCUUUCGAUUCUGAUAUAGAAGUACACUUGAAGCCCGCCAAGCUCAAACGUCCUACCAAAUCGCCUUACUUUCCGAACAAGCCACGGCCAAACUUUCUAUCAUGCCUCCCAUUCCCGCCUCUGUCUGCAGAAAAGUUCGGCUUGAUGCAAGAACGCCUAGCGCAUGAUCCUUUCCGUCUGCUGAUUGCUACCAUAUUUCUCAAUCGUACAAGGGGCGAGCAGGCAAUGCCUGUGUUUUUCCAGUUGAUGCAACAAUAUCCAACCGCGGCUGAUCUGGCUGCUGCGGAAUUCGAAGAUGUUGUCGCGAUCAUUCAUCGUUUGGGUUUUCAGAACCAGAGAGCACAGAAAUGUAUUGAGAUGGCUAGUACAUGGUCUAAGCGGGCGCCAGUAAAGGGGAAGCGAUGGCGCAAGCUACAUUAUCCAAUGAAGGGCGAUGGUAAAGAUAUUCAGACGGAAGAGGUUCUUGAAGACGAAGACAGUCGGGUCGCAUGGGAGAUUUCAUACCUUCCGGGUCUUGGGCCUUAUUCGCACGACAGUUGGAGAAUCUUCUGCAGGGAUAAACUACGAGGGCUUGCAGAAUCGUGGAAUGGUGAGGGCGCAACGGAUGGUUUUGAGCCGGAGUGGAAGCGAGUAUUGCCUACCGACAAAGAACUACGAGCAUAUCUUACUUGGAUGUGGUUGAAAGAGGGCUGGAUUUGGAAUAAAGAGACCGGUCAACGGACGAAGGCAGACGAGGAACUCUUGGAACGUGCUCGAGGUGGAGGCAUUGUUCAAGAGCAAAAUGAGAAAAAACACCUAGUAUUGACUUCUAAUAGCCAGCUGGAUGGUUCGAGACACGGCGCCCUUGAGAGACCUGCCGGCACAUUCCUUCCUGGAUAG